AUGGCGGCUUCCGUGGGCAUGUCAUUACCGGGAGUCGUGCCCGACUGGACCAAUCUCAGUGUCUUGCACAGGAACACCUUGCCACCGCGAGCACAUUUCUACAACUUCGCCUCUGAGACUGCUGCCCUGUCCUUCGACAAAUACCAGAGCGAGUAUUACAGUCUCAAUGGCACGUGGAAAUUCCGGUACGAUUCCUCUCCUUUUGAAGCUCCUGCCUGGGAGUCUGUCGAUCCUUCCGAAUGGGACGACAUUGAAGUUCCAGGCAUGUGGCAGACACAGGGCUAUGGACACCCACACUACACAAAUAUUGAGUAUCCAUUUCCGGUGACUCCUCCCAACGUGAGCUAUAUAAAUCCAACUGGUUCCUAUUGGCGCGAAUUUGAAGUCCCUGAGCGUUCACCAGACCAGCAGCUACGGCUUCGCUUCGAAGGCGUGGACAGUGCCUUUCAUAUUUGGGUUAAUGGCGAAGAGGUCGGCUACAGCCAGGGGUCUCGCAACCCGAGUGAGUUCGACAUUACGAACUACAUUUCAAAUGGCACCAACACACUUGCUACAAGAGUUUAUCAAUGGUCGGACGGCUCCUAUAUUGAAGACCAGGAUCAAUGGUGGCUUUCUGGAAUCUUCAGAGAUGUAUAUCUGAUACCUUUCCCACAAUUGGCCGUGGUUGAUUUCGAGCUCGUUCCACACGUAGCAGAUGACUAUUCUAGCGGCAUCUUGAGCGCAAAUUUCACUCUACAGGGAGAGACAUCUACUCCUCUGAACGUAACACUCUUCUCUCCCAAUGGCGACGUACUCCAGCAAUGGAGCGGCGGACCCUCGGAAGCCUGCGAAUUCGAAGUCACCGGGUCAGAAUUCCAUCUAUGGUCGCCAGAGAAUCCAACACUUUAUUCGGUCGUCAUUGCACAUGGCGAGCAGUACUUGAGCCAAAAAAUCGGCUUUCGCCGCGUCGAAUUGACUGGUUCCAACUUUCUUGUCAACGGGGAGCCUGUCAUUAUCUACGGUGUUAAUCGUCACGAGCACAGUGCGCUCUCUGGACGGACAGUCCGGUAUGAAGACAUGCGUGCCGACCUGAUCACAAUGAAACGGAGCAACAUCAACGCUAUUCGGACUGCCCACCAGCCUCAUCACCCCGACUUCUUCGACGUGGCGGAUGAAUUAGGAUUCUACGUCAUCUCUGAAGCCGAUCUUGAGUGCCACGGAUUUGGCACCAUCACCUAUACUGGCGAGCAAGCUGCUUCGUGGCUAUCUGACAAUCCCGAUUGGGAAAAUGCUUACCUGGAUCGAGCCGAGCAACUUGUUGAGCGGUUCAAGAACCAUCCAUCCAUCAUUUUCUGGUCUCUCGGCAACGAGUGCUUUUACGGCCGGAACCAUAUGGCUAUGUAUAACUUCAUAAAGCAGCGCGACCCCACGAGGCUCGUGCAUUACGAGCCGGACAAGAACGCCACUUCCGCAGACAUGUACAGCGCCAUGUACUUGUCACUAGACUCGAUCAACCAACACAUCGGAAACUUCACCGACAAGCCCCUCCUGCUGUGCGAAUUCGCUCAUGCGAUGGGCAACGGUCCUGGUGGCCUGCCUGACUAUAUCGCCAGGUUUCGCGCCGAGCCUCUGCUGCAAGGUGGUUUGGUAUGGGAGUGGAGCAAUCAUGGGCUCCUACAUGAAGAGAACGGCACAGAGUACUAUGCUUACGGUGGCGAUUUCGGCGAUGAGCCCAACGACGCCGAUUUCAUCAUGGAUGGUCUGAUGUUGUCCGACCAUUCUCCCAUGCCGUCGAUCUUCGAGUACGCCAAGGCCAUUCAGCCCGUCGAGGUCAAGUGGGACAAUGACACGGGCGAGGUCAAUAUCCACAACUGGUACGCAUUCAUCGAUCUGAGCGGGCUCAAUGUGUUCUGGCACAUCGUCACAGACGGCAAUGUCACGGACCCCACGACGUGGGAUAUUCCCAACCUGCUCGCAGGGGAGAACAUCACAGUGCCGCUCCCGUUUGACCGAAGCCAGCAGUCUUCCGAAGCCUGGUUCACCGUCGAGUUCCAGCUGGCGAGCAAUGAGACAUGGGCCGCAGCUGGGCAUGUCGUAGCUUGGGAGCAGCUCCACCUACCUUAUUCGAGCACUUUGCCCGGACAUCGCUACACGCGCUCUCCAGCGCUGCCCCGGCGCCAGGCUACGCCCAACGUGACCAUAACCCCAACGUCUCUUCAGCUCAGUUCCGACUCAAACGCCUUGAAAUUCGACCUCCUCCUUGGCAACGUCACAUGGAAUACCUCGACCGGCCUCUCCCUGUUGCACCGCGGCCCAGAGCUCUACCUAUACCGUGCCAUGACACAAAACGACCUCGGCGGUGGCGGUGACGCGCAGUACUGGGAGGAAGCCCGCCUCGACACCACCCACACGCAGAUCCGCGAUGUCUUCUACGACAUUUCUGAUAACGGUGAUACCACUGUGACCUACUACGUCCGCGUGGGCCCUAAAGUGCUCGAAUGGGCCGCAGAGGCGAUUCUCACGUACACGAUCCCAACGUCUUCGUCUUCGUCCUCGUCAUCGGGCUUGCAGAUCCGCGCCCAGGGUGCAUUCGUAGGCAACAACACUCCUGAAGUCCUGCCGCGCAUCGGCCUGCUGACGUACCUGCCGGAGACCUUCGAGGAGGUGACCUGGUUUGGGCGUGGGCCUGGCGAGAGCUACAGAGACAGCAAGCUCGCGCAGCGCUUCGGCACUCACGAGUCCACCGUCGACGGUUUGUUUACGCACUACGACUUCCCGCAGGAGAAUGGGAAUCGGGAGGAUGUGCAUUGGUUGCGGCUGAGUGACGGAGAUGUGACGCUCGAAGCGCGCAUGACAGACGCGGACGGCGCGCCGGACCCAUUCAGCUUCACGGCCAAGCACUUUACAGACCAGGACCUGGAUAGGGCGGGCCAUCCGUAUGAGUUGGAGCGGUUUAACGCGACCGUCCUCAAUUUGGACUAUGAUACUAAUGGGCUAGGGAGCGCGACUGUUGGGCCACGGCCGUUCGAGUGGUAUCGCUGCUACUCAGGACCAUUCGACUUUACCUUUGAGUUGACACUGAUUUGA